AUGAAAGCUAAAUGUAAAAUAAAUAAUAAAUACCAAAAUUGUGAUUAUCAAAAACAAGUUAUUAAAUCUUCUAAACUGACUAAAGAUGAUGAAAUAUUAGAAUUUUUUCUUUCAGGAGUUGCAUCCAUUCAGUAUCAACAAAGUGAUAAUGUGUUUGACAGACUUAAAAAGAAGAUUCAAGAAAUGUUCGAUCUUGAUAAAUUAAAAGAAGAUAGAAGUUUAGAUAAAGAAAUACAGAAUUUAAAUCUAAAUAAAAAACAAAAAAGUAAAUUACAGACAUUGCGUAUCAAUCAAGAAAGAAUGAUUAUCAGAUACAAUGAAAUCAAGGAUAGAAUUAAAGAAGAAACAGAAAUCGAUCAAUUAAGAGAUUUUCAAUUCUGGUAUAUACAAAUAACUGGUAGUCAAAAUCUGAUAGAGAAAUUGAAAGAAGAACUUCAAAAAAAGAGAAAAGACAGAUUAGAUUUUUUAGUCAAUUACAUUGCAGAAUUCAACAGAUUUUCAAAUGAGAUUCAAGAAGAAACAGAUUUGGAAAGAUUGAAAGAUUUUUGGAUAAAAGAAAUCACUAAAUCUAAAUUCACAGAUAAAGAUAAACAGAAACUCGAUGAGCUUAGAGAAGAACAUAUCAGGAAAUUGGAACAAACUCAACCUGGAACAAAUGAUUUCAAUCGAAUAAAUAAAGGAAUACAUGAUGAGAAAUGA